UCUCCUACAAUAAUGCUUCACAUGCAUUCAACAAUUUAUUUUCGUGCCAGCUAAAUAAUCCCUGGUGCACCCAUGAUUGCACAGUAUUAAUUUCUCUAUCAAACAAGUGACAUUUUUUACUAAUUAAUAUCACCUAAACUUUCACCUAUAAAUAGUCCCACACAUCAAUGCAAACCUCACCAUCUCAAAUAACUCUACUAACUAAUCUCCUCCAUAAUCCUAAUUUGUGAAGAGAUUUUUGGUGUUUAUUUUUUGAGAAAUGGCUUCCAAGCAAAAGACAUCAAUUGCACUAUUCCUUGCCCUAAACCUUCUCUUCUUCACUCUUUCAAGUGCGUGUGGAACGUGCCCCGGUCCAAACCCUAAGCCCAAACCUAAGCCAAAGCCGAAGCCAACUCCAAGCCCUAGCAAGGGUAGUUGUCCUAGAGAUACCCUAAAACUAGGGGUGUGUGCUAACUUGCUCGGCGGAUUGCUUGGUGUGACCAUCGGAACUCCUCCAAAAAAGCCGUGCUGCAGCCUCAUCGUGGGUUUGGCUGACUUGGAGGCGGCCGUUUGCCUUUGCACCGCGAUCAAAGCCAAUGUUCUUGGGAUCAACCUAAAUGUGCCUGUUUCCCUUAGCUUGCUUCUCAAUGUUUGCUCCAAGAAAGUUCCAAAGGGUUUCGUUUGCGCCUAAUUAAUUUGGGUCACGGCAUCUGUGUUUUUUAAUUUGUGAUGUUAUGUUCUUAAUUUCCUAAGAUUCUUGAGUUUUUAGCUUUGCAGUUCUUGUGCAUGGCAGCUUUCCUUGUUUUAUGUUUGUUUGGGUGGCAAAAUCAUGCCCGCUAUAUAUGCAUGUGAGCUUGGAAUGAUAUAUGUAGUUUGUCGAUCGUAAUGUUACUCUACAUUUGCAGUAAUUAAUAUAACGAAGGAUAUCGCUACUAAUUAAAACC